CGGCCCUCAGCAGGCACUUCCGGCCGCCCCUCAGCCGCGGUCCCGGUGGUGCCGCUACGGCUCGUCUCGGGCCCGUCCCGCCCGUGAGGGCUCUCGGGAGCGGCACCCGCCGACAUGACGCUGCUGCUGCGACUGGGGCUGCUCCGCGGCCGCUGCAGCUGUUGGAGACCGCCCGCCGCCGCCUGGGCUCGGCCCCGCGGCGGUACCCUCGGCGGGGGACGCGGCCUGCAGACUCUCUUGGCACAAACACUUUCCCCCCCACGUCAAGGUCUUGGUGGAGUCUUGAUGAAACAGCACUUAAUCCGAGAUCCAGUCAGACUUUGGAAUCUCCUGGGUAGCACCUACUGGUUUACUACUUCCAGCUCUUGGAGGAGUAGCCAGAAGGAUGGAGGAUCCAAGAAGAAAUCUCCACAAGAGGAGGACGAGGAGGAGAAACGCAGGAGAAGAGAAAAUCAGAUGCACCUGGAACGUCUGCGGGCACUGCUCGUCCUCACCUUCAUCGUGCUGAUGCUUCGGUUCCUGGUCAGCGAGAACAGGGAAGGCACCAACAUCUCCUGGAACUACUUUGUGAAUGAGAUGUUGGCCAAGGGGGAGGUGCAGAGGAUCGAGGUGGUGCCAGAGAGUGACAUCGUAGAGAUCUACCUGCACCCAGGAGGAACUCCCCAUGGACAAGUUAACGUGACCCUGCUGUACACCAUGCGUGUGGCAAACAUCGACAAAUUCGAGGAGAAGCUGAGAGCUGUGGAGGAUGAGCUGAAUAUUGAUGAGAGAGAGAGAAUCCCCAUUUCCUACAAACACCCUGGCUUUUAUGGAAAUGAUGUCCUUUCCCUGAUAGUGACAUUGGUGGCCGUGUCCAUGCUGUGGAGCAUCUUCCGCCUCUUCAGGGUGGCGAGUCGGGCCGGAGGGUUCAACGCCUUCAACCAGCUGAAGAUGGCUCGUUUCACCAUUGUGGAUGGGAAAUCUGGAAAAGGGAUUGGCUUCAAGGAUGUAGCAGGAAUGCAUGAGGCAAAAAUGGAAGUCAAGGAAUUUGUGGACUAUUUAAAGAAUCCUGAUCGCUACCUCCAGCUCGGGGCCAAGGUGCCCAAGGGCGCCCUGUUACUGGGCCCGCCGGGCUGUGGGAAGACACUGCUGGCCAAGGCUGUGGCUACGGAAGCCCAGGUGCCGUUUUUGGCCAUGGCAGGCUCUGAGUUUGUGGAGGUGAUUGGAGGUCUGGGGGCCGCGCGGGUGCGGAGCCUGUUCCGGGAGGCGCAGGCUCGCGCCCCCUGCAUCGUCUACAUCGACGAGAUUGACGCCGUGGGCAAGAAGCGUUCCACCAAUGUGUCUGGCUUUGCCAAUGCUGAGGAGGAGCAGACCUUAAACCAGCUGCUGGUGGAAAUGGAUGGGAUGGGGACCACGGAUCACGUCAUAGUGCUGGCUUCCACCAACCGCGCCGAUGUCCUGGACAAUGCUCUGAUGAGACCUGGGAGGCUGGACAGGCACAUCUUCAUUGACCUCCCAACGCUCCAGGAGAGGAAGGAGAUCUUUGAGCAUCACCUGAAGGGCCUCAAGCUGAUCCAGGACGGCAGUUUCUACUCGCAGCACCUGGCUGAGCUCACUCCAGGUUUCAGCGGAGCUGACAUAGCGAAUAUCUGUAACGAAGCUGCUCUUCACGCUGCCAGGGAAGGGCACAAAUCCAUCGACACCUCCAACUUUGAGUAUGCUGUGGAGAGAGUCAUUGCAGGCACUGCCAAAAGAAGUAAGAUCUUGUCACCAGAAGAGAGGAAGGUUGUGGCAUUCCAUGAAUCCGGUCACGCGCUGGUUGGGUGGCUGCUGGAGCACACCGAGGCCGUCAUGAAGGUGUCCAUAGCCCCUCGGACAAAUGCAGCGCUGGGGUUCGCACAGAUCCUGCCCAGGGAGCAGUACCUGUUCACCAAGGAGCAGCUGAUGGAGAGGAUGUGUAUGGCACUGGGGGGCAGAGUGGCUGAGGCCAUCACCUUUAACAAGGUCACCACAGGAGCACAGGAUGACCUGAAGAAAGUGACCAAGAUCGCCUACUCCAUGGUGAAGCAGUACGGGAUGGUGCCCAGCAUCGGGCAGCUCUCCUUCCCGGACCUGGAGAGUGCCCCUGGGAUUGGCCGACGCCCCUUCAGCCAGGGCCUCCAGCAAAUGAUGGACCAUGAAGCCAAAGUCCUAGUGGCUCAGGCUUACAGGCGGACGGAAAAGCUCUUACUGGAGAACAGGGACAAGCUGCAAACACUGUCCAGUGCCCUCCUGGAGAAGGAAGUGAUCAACUAUGAUGACAUUGAGGCCCUGAUCGGGCCCCCUCCCCACGGUCCCAAGAAGAUGAUCGCCCCUCAGAGCUGGCUGCAGGCAGAGAGGGACAAACAGGACAUCAGGGAGGAGGAGACACCCCCCCAGCCACCACACUCUGAGGAGGAGGAGGAACCACGCCUGAGACCAGUGUGAAGCCCACUCCUCUGUGGAAUGGGAGGGUUCUUUGGAACACAGACCCUUUCCCUUCUCAGCUCCAGAGUCAAAGAUGCUGACCAGGGAAUUGCUGUGCUGUUGUUACCCCAAAAUUAAGGGAUGGCUACAUUUGCACCUUGCUUUAUCCUGCAGGAAUGAGAACUCCUCAGGAGUUGAGAAUUGAUUCCCAGCAGGGUGGUGGUGAUUAGGAGUUGGGCAAGUCUGAUCUGCUGUGAAGGUUUCUGGUACACAGGAGCAGGGUACAUGUGCUUGGGGAUGAAAGAUCCUACGUAAGCCAGCUCUGGCUGUGCUGUGUGCCAUGGCAGGAGGGCAGGGCUGUGCCCUGGGUGCCAGCCUGGGGAAACUGAGCUGAGCUGAGCAGCUCUUGUGUAACCUUUGAGCAUCUUUGCUGUGAACACAACACAGUAACAGCCUUGGCUGGAAUAAACUGCCCACAGUGUGCCUCCGUGUGUGUAGAAUGUGUCAGGCUGGGGGGAUGUUCUGGCACAUAUGAAGCUCAUUAGAGCGGUGGAGUUGUACAGAACAAGGGCCUCCUUCUCCCUGUUCAAUAAUUUAUAUCCAGUUUUUAUAGCAAGUGUUUCCUAAGCAGAGAUUAAGGAAAAUCUGUGUGCAGAGCUCAGUAGUGGGACAUGAGAAACCAGCAGUGCAGAGAGUGAUUCCAAGUACAUGUGGGAAAGCUGUUUUGAACUGCUGGUUCAGAGCUGAAGAGGUGCUCUUGGAAAUCCAGCAAAAGCAGGUGUGUACAUGUGUUGGGAAUCCUCAGGAAAAGCUGCUCCAUCCUUGUGGCUCUUGCAAAACAGGCCCUGCUGACAGGGCUGUCUGGUGUUCAUCAGGGAAAGUAUUAAAGUGAUUGUUGCUGCCUGGA